AUGAGGAGCGUUGGAACCACCAUCCGGGACUCGGGCCCAGUGAGGUUCACCACCGCAUUACUUACUGCGAUACUCAUCACCAGCGCUACCUUUCUACCACUCCUCGCUCGCGAAGCUGCUGCAAACCCAAUUCCAGCGCCGCGACCACACCCUAACGCCGGACCGGGACCACAGGCAAAUCCAGAUCCACAAGCUGGCAGUCCGACAGUUGAUGGUUUGUACCCAGAUCCAGAACUAUGUCGUGGCAACUGCACAUGGAUCCACGAUCCUAGCAUCUUGUACGAAGACGAAGGCCCUUGGCGCUAUGAAGGCGCUUUAUUGCAUAACGGUACGAGUAUAAUGGUCCAUCCAGAACAGGAUAUCUGGGCACCUUCAGUGACGAAGCGAGGAGACACUUACUACUGUCACUACUCUGUAUCCCGUAUCGGUCUCCAGAACUCGUCUAUCGGUGUGGCGACAUCGCUUUCCCUUAAGCCAGGUAGCUGGCAAGACCACGGUGAUAUCGGUCUCCCCCUAUCUCACAAGUACAACUUGAUCGACCCCUUCGUGUACCAAGAGACAUCCAAUGACCCAAUUUACUUCACCUUUGGAUCUUUCUGGGACGACAUCUUCCAAGUUGAGCUAUUCCCCCACGAUGACCUUAUAGCUUUUGGUAGGUGGGCCGCGGACAACAAUCGUAUCAAUAACUUGGUGCGCAAUGGUACCAUCGGUGCCGGAGUCUCUGAAGGUGCUAUCAUGCACAAAGAGAAGAACUUCUACUACAUGUUCUACAGUGUUGGUCAGUGCUGCAACAAGCCGUCAGACAAGGACGGCCUUGCACCGGAAGGUCAAGUGUACCACGUUGUCGUCUGCCGCUCGGAAGCCCCAACCAGACCCUUCUACGACCGAGAGGGCAAGAGUUGUCUCGAAGAGAAUGGCGGUACUACGAUCCUCGCCAGUCAUGGCGAUAUCUAUGCGCCUGGUGGUCAAGGUGUUAUGGCGCACCCUGACAAUGGGAGGACGGUGAUGUAUUAUCAUUAUGUCCGCCAGAGUGUUGGUUACGAGGCCGAUCAGUUCUUCUUUGGUUACAACUACCUCGACUGGGAGGACGGAUGGCCGGUCGUUGUGGUUGCCUGA